AUUUUAUAAACCAUAUUUUUAAUAAUUUUGUGCAUGAAACACAAUGGACAAUUUUGGAUUUUGGUGUAUUUUGGGAUUCCAGUAGUAACCUUUUUAAAGAUUACAUCCCAAAUAGCCUGUGUUGCUCCCAUGCUGGGUUUGAAUGGCAGAAAGAUCAGCUCCCACGUGCCUGGAAUACAGCUUUGUGUGUGUUUGUGUUCUUUGUGUGUGUCUGUUUUAAUCCCAUCCUUCAGGGGAGAAAUGGAUUGUUAUAACGCUGCAGAGGUUUCACAGAAGCCAGGAUUUUCAGCACAAGGGUAAUAAAUAGAAGCAAAAGAGGAUUGUUCAAAGUCUCUCGCUUUUGGGAACGUUCGGCCGUUCAUCAUCUAUCAUUGGGGUCUAUGCCGCUGGUGAAUUUCUUUAAAAGGGCUCCUCCCCUGGAUGCAAAAAAUUGGUCCGACAGCAAGAACGUUGUCCGUUUCUGCCACUGCAUCCCAAAAGACUGCACCUCCUGCAUGGAAACUGGGCCGGCUCAACCACGUGGCGAUCGCGGUCCCCGAUUUGGAGAAAGCGACAUCUUUGUACCGGGACAUUUUAGGCGCUCGAGUGAGCGACGCUGUGCCCCUACCCGAACAUGGCGUCUACACCGUCUUUGUGGAACUGGGCAACACAAAACUGGAGCUUCUGCAUCCGCUGGGAGAGAAGAGUCCAAUCGCUGGGUUCCUGCAGAAAAACAAGGCUGGCGGGAUGCACCAUAUCUGCAUUGAGGUGGACAAUAUUACAGACGCCAUGGCGGAACUGAAGGAGAAGAAGAUCCGGGUGUUGAGCGAAGAGCCAAGGAUUGGUGCCCAUGGGAAGCCAGUGGUUUUUCUCCACCCAAAAGACUGCGAUGGAGUCCUGGUGGAGCUUGAACAAGCCUAAGCAGCGGCCCUAAUGGUGGGAACAAUCAACGCCCAGCUCUGCUGGGUUUGUGGCAGAGAUCUGGGGACACGGAUUGACCUAAAUCCUAUUGAUAGUCCCUCUCGAGUUGAAUCAAUGGGGCUUGUCUGUGUGUCGACUCACUGUAUAACACUGGGUCCCACAUGAAUCCUAAAUCUCCCCUAUAUCCUGCGAUUGCCUCCGAUUGGUACAGAAUAUUGUUCAUUCAGAGCAACUGAAAACUGGUAAAAAAUGGAAGUAGCCUUUUAAUAUUUCUGUUCACUGAUCACUCUUUUCUUUCUCUCUGAAUACAAAGCUGAGGUCUGACUAGAUACAACAAAAAGCGCAUAGGAUCACAUCAUAAAUCAUUACUUUGAUUUCCUGGUUAUUUAAGAUUUUUAUUUUAAUUUUUCAGGAUGUAACAGCGUUACUGACAACGUCAUUUGCAAUUAAAAAAAGAAAGACUCGAA